CGUUAGUUUUCCACACACGCUCAUCUCUAAAUCAGCUCUAGAACUGCUUGCAAUGGCUAUCUUAUCAAAUUUUACAAAUUUUACGAUUAAUAGAAUAAUUAUUGUAUCAACUGUGGCAUUAGCAUUGUCUGUGAAAAAUUCUUUGCAAAUUCCAUUGAAGGAUUUUUUAACGCUGACUUUUCAACAAAAGGAAAGUUUGGAACAGUUCCGAGAGGAGGUUAAACACAAAGUUCCGCAUGACUACAUGAAAAAGGAUUCAUAUUUAAUUUAUUGGUUGAGAGAUCAGCUAUUCAACGUAUCCGAUGCGAAAGAGCUACUAACUAAGAACCUCGCUUGGAGAGAAAAAAAUAAGAUGGAUACGAUCAUGGAAGAAGAUUGGGCUGAUUUUGAUUACGAAUACAGGGUCAACAUUGAAGGAUGUGAUAAAGAAGGGAAACCAGUAUUUUCCAUUCCGAUUGGUGAUUGGGAUAUACGUCGAGCAGUCAUUGCUGGAAAGGGGGACAAAUUGAUGCGAUAUUUCGACAAGGUUUUUGAAGAAGCGUCCACAAUGAUUCGUCUGAUGCAAGCUGACGGACAAAACGCUACCCAGUUAAUUGUAAUUUUUGACGUAUCUAGUUUCAGUCUGGGACAACACUCGUGUCCAAGAUGUCUUUCAAUCUACUUGUAUCUGAUGUCCACUUUGCAAGCCCAUUACCCAGGAUAUGUCCAUAAACUUAUAUCCGUAAACUUAUAUCCGUAGAUCUUAUAGGGUUUAGUCUGAAUAAGCAGGGAAUAUUGUAAAAAUAAUACCAGCUUCUUAAGAAUAUACGUAUGUUAGGUAGACUUCUAGUUUUUCGAAAUUUAGACCUUUUUCGAAGUAUAAGCACUGGCAACAAAAUUUGUAAGAUGAUUCUAGAAUGAUUUUAAAUUUUGUACUCACUAGAUUUUUUCGGUUCAAUGAUUAAACAUGACUAAUUGGGCAUGAAUACCAAGCUAAAAAAGAAAGUAUCUUAUCUAGUAUAAAAGUAUCUUAAGAUACAUAUCUUGUAUCUUGACUACUCAAUUUUUAGAAAAGUAUCUUGUAUCUUGUAUCUUGUGUACUUGAACAAGAUGUAUCUUUUAUCUUGUAUCUUAUAUCUUGUCUUAGAGAGUAUCUUAUCUUGUAUCUUGUAUCUUACGACCAAAGUAUCUUGCCCACCCCUGACAAUUAUCCAAAAACUUUGGAGGGGAGAACCUGGAGGCGUUGGACGUGCAAGAUUUUCGAAAUACUGGAGAAGUCUAUAGAUGCUCAAACAUGUAAUUAUGUAAAUACAUACCGUUAUAGUAAACGCUAGUUUUGUUUAAUUUCUAUCGUACUAUUUUCGUUGUGUUGUGGCCCAAUUAGACUUUACUUAAUAAAGUCGGUAAUGUAGCUUGGUUGAAACGUGUGAAUUAUUCACCUCUUCACAUCACACAUUUUUUACAUUCGAAGAUUUUGGUAUUGUAACAGUCUACUCAAAUUUUAAAUAAUAUUUACCGUUACACAUAGAUUCGUAUGUACAUACUGACAAGUGUUUCCAUAUACCUACGGAUUUAUUCAGAGGAAUGUUUUAUUUUUAGCAAGGUUGAAUAAUACAUUAAGUAAUAAGUA